GAGGCCAACGAUAGCAGGGUGCGCGCAGUAGCGCGCAAGUGUCCAGCGGACGCACGAGACCUAGUCCUCGCGGGACUAGGCAUGGCAAGGGUACGAUGUGCACGCGCAGGUGGGAUGGGCGCGCAUAGAGCGAUGGACGAUGCGCGGGCAUUGGGCGUGCCGGACGACGAGCGCGGGGCGCAAGGCGACACGUGUGAGGCACAAUGCGAGAACAAGCAGGCAAGCCUAAUCCUCCUUCAGCUGACCGGUGAUGCUCGAAUCUGGUGGAAUGCCAACUGGAGUAUGCGUCCCGACAAGAAAGAAGGUUGUACCUGGGAGAGGUUCAGGGAGAUAAUCCGUGAGAAGUAUUAUCCCACGUACUACCGAGCAGAGAUGGAGCGUCAAUUCCUGUCGCUCAAACAGGGUACUUGUUCUGUUGAUGAGUACGAAAGAGAAUUCACUAGACUUGCAGCUUUUGUUCCAGACUUGGUGUGUACGGAGGCACAGAGGGCACAUCGGUUCACUGACGGGCUUUACCCAGCAGUCCGUCACAACAUUGUAGGUCACGGAGCCCAUACCUACACUCGUGCUGUUUCGAAUGCCCAAGAGGUGGACGCCAGCAUUAGGAGAGAGGCGAACCGCGACCGUUCUCAACCAUCCGCCCCUGCCCAGUCAUCCACAGCUCCAUCA